GCACGCUAUAAUAGAAAAUGUAUUGUCAUAUGAGCGUACUUAAAAAUGUCACCAAAAUAAAAAGGUUAUUGUUUACAUCUUGAUUUCAUUGCUCUACACUGUAUAACUUUAAAAUUAUAAAUCGUUUAAAUGCGUGAAAAUGGACACUUCACCAGCUUUUCUCACAGAAACUGAAUUUUGGACAGGUGUUACUGUAUUGAUUAGAAAUUAUCAUGCGGUGAAUAAAAAAAUAUUUGCAUGUGUAUUUCAAAAAGUAAUUAGGCUAAAUGAAGGAAUCGGAAAGGAAUCUGAUAAAUACAUUUGCGAAUCGAGUAACCUAACUAAAGUGGAAGAAACAGUGGGUCUGGGUUAUAAAUCCUCGGAAGCAGAAAUUGAAUCCGUACUUUACAAUUUGGUAGCAAACAAUGAAUCUAGCGUGGAUUGUGAAGGGUUUAUAAUUUUCUACAAAUUCUUGACUAAAAAAUUGCAAAACAACAUCGAAGCUGUUGGUAAAAUAGAUUUGGUCAACAAAUCAUUUACUUGUAGAUUUAAGUCCUGUGAGCACUUUGAGGACUAUCAAGUGCGGUUUGCUAAAAACGUGCUAGCAACUGAGAUACUCACAGAACGUGGUUCAAAAGAGAAGGGCAUACGAUGGCUGGAUUUUGUUCUGAAACCUAAACUUCUCAAAUGGUGUAAAAAUGCGAGGUUGGAAGAGUUGUGCUCCGCAAAUAGUUCGACACAAACUAAAUCACUUCAAUUAAUUGACUUGGAACGCUAUAAUGAACUUUAUAAAUUACUUAAAACUAAAUACGCUGAAAAAGCAUUAGAAUAUUGGAACAAUGCAAAAGAAUCUACUGAUCCCUUGAAGUUCAUUUACGAAGAUAUAGCCAUAGCAUCUUACCUUAUUUGCCUGUGGGAGCAAGUGGGCCCACCAACAGGGUUUGCAGAUCUCGGAUGUGGCAAUGGGCUAUUAGUAUAUUUGCUCACAGAAGAAGGUUUUAAUGGGUAUGGUUACGAUGUGCGAAGCCGCAAAAUUUGGUCUUAUUAUCCACGUACCACUCGCUUGGUUGUACAAACAAUCGACCCAGAUAAAUUUGAGCUGCCCGCAGAAGUAGAUUGGGUGAUUGGUAAUCAUUCCGAUGAGUUAUCGCCAUGGAUACCCAUCAUAAGUGCUAUGAGCAGCUAUCGAAUGCAUUAUUUUUUACUUCCUUGUUGUGCUUACGAAUUGUCUGGUGCGAAGUUCCUGCGGCGUAAUACGGGGAUUAGUGCUUAUCAAGAUUUUUAUACCUAUUUGAAUAAUAUUUCAGAAAAGUGUGGUUAUAUCACUUUAAAAGAUCGUUUAAAAAUUCCUAGUACGAAACGCUUAGCUCUAAUUGGGAUUGAAAGAACAUAUUCGGAAAACAUAAACGCAAACCAAAAUGAAAGCAUUUCAAAGUUCGUUGAGGAGGAACGAAUUAAGUUUGGAAACAAUAUUUCAGGAAGAGAUAUUAAGCUACGUAGUAACUGUGAGAAAGUUCGAAAUUGCACACAAAUCGAUAAAAAUAUUUUGGACGAUUUAGUGUUAAAAAUAUUCAAACAUCUUCUGACCUCAGGCAAUAAAAUUUCAAAAGGAAACGAUGGUGCCUUUGAUAAAUGGCAGAUGGGUGCACGGUUGCGUAUGUCAGAUAUAGUUAAGUGUUUGCAGAAAAGUGAUCUUCAAAGCAUCAAAGCCGAAUGCGGUGGUAUAAAAACUUUACUAAGGAAUAAACAUGAGAUAUUUGAAUUUUGGGAAGGGGAUUUUGUUGGUAUACGAAAACCAAAACCUGAAAUGGCCAAGGUGAAAGUGAAACAACAAACUGUUAAAAAACGUCCUUGCUUUUUCAAAGAGUAUCAUCCUGAUGGGUGUCCCUUAGCUUCCGAGGACUGUACAUUUAUACAUUAAGCAUCUAAAAUGUGGUUUAUUUUAAAUAACAAAACUUAAAAUAUAUUUAAAUAAGAUUUUAAUUAAAGUUUUAACUCCUGUUCUACUAUACAAAUUCUGUUUUCACAUUAACUUUUUUUUUUUAAAAGCGUCUUUAUGUCAAUAGCUUUACGCAUGAUUUUAUACAAUUUUAAAUUUUGAAUAAAAUUGCAUGAUUUUUUAA